GGUGGAGGGUUUCGGACAGGUUGCCAGAAGUAAACAAGGCUCCGGGCACAACAUUCCUGCUCGAGAAUUACUGGAGGGAGAUCUGAGUCGCCCAGUUCACUGCUUCGUAACUUUCUCGACAUAUCGGAUUACUGACAUGGAAUUAAACUUGACACGUGUGGAUUACGUACAAGUUGGAUUGACCUCUCCACGAUGUUUACGUGUCGUUCCUAAUAGUGCUCCAAGAACUCAACAGAAGGUAGUAGUGGGAGAUCAUGAUGGUGUGGUUCAACUCUUCACCAUGAAGCGAGGAGAAAUGCAGCUUGGUUUUAAGGCAUACGCUGGAAAGAGCAUUACCCGAUUAGAGCUGGGUGGAGCUUUGGGAACGAUAAAAGAUAAAAUAUUUUUAUCAUCUGGCAAUGAAGUAAGAGGAUAUACAAAGAAAGGAAAGCAGUUCUUAGGCUUUGACACAAACCUAACUGAAGAAAUUAAAUCCAUGCACAUCAGUGGUAGUGAUCUACUAGUUUGUGGUGACUACGUCUACAACCAUUACCAUGACUGCCAAGAUUCAAAUUAUUUCUUAGCUGCUGAUAAAAUAAAUGAUGUGAUCACAUUACCUGUGGAAAAGAUGAAGUGCUUGAUACCCAUUCUGGCAUGUGAAGAUCGCUUGCUUCGAGUUAUGAGAGAUUCUGAGGUGUUGUACUCUGUGGAACUUCCUUCUCCACCAUCUAGCCUCCAGCUCUUCUACAAUGAUGGAGGUGAAAAUGGAGAUCAGUUGUUAUAUGGCACAUCUGAUGGAAAAAUUGGUCUAGUACAACUAGGAAGGGGCUCCGCUAAUCAUCGUUGGGUUUGUGAGAAUGGCAGUGGUGUGGGUAAUAGCAGCACUUCAAGGCAUGGUGGUGUUACAUGCAUGGAUCACCACGAUAUAACAGGAGAUGGAAUACGUGAUCUCAUUGUUGGAAGAGAUGAUGGAAGUGUUGAAGUUUAUUCUUAUGAAGAUGGAGAUGAAUCGGAACCAACGCUAAGAUUCUCCAUGGCAUGCAGUGAAAGUGUUACAUCUGUGCAGGGUGCAGUUGUGGGAAAUGCUGGAUAUGAUGAAAUUGUUGCUUCAACAUAUACCGGGUGGAUAUUUGGUGUGACUUCGGAGCCUAUGGACCGCAACAUGACCUCGGAGUCAGGGGUGGUUCACAUUUCACAAGACUCGAAACAAAAGAUACAGAGAUUGAGGACUGAAAUAGAGGAGCUGCAGCAGCGAGUGUUGAGAGAGCGAGACCAGUACCAAGCUGCCACUCAGAGUGCCUUCCCGGGCAUUUCGGCUGUCCCUUUUUUCUCUGUAAAUGAUAAGAUGAGCCUAAAUCGCAGUGAUGCUUCGUAUCUCUUAAGUUUGGAGGUACAGACAGCCAUUGACAAUGUGUUGUUGCAAAGUGAUGUUCCUAUUGAUCUCCUGGAUGUAGAGAAAAAUUCUGCAGUUGUUAGUUACAGCACGUGUGAUCCUGACAGUGGAAAUUUCCUUUUGGCAACAUACCGGUGCCAAGCCAAUACUACACGUUUAGAAGUUCGCAUUAGAACAAUUGAGGGGCAGUAUGGCACGCUUCAGGCAUACAUCACUCCAAGACUCCAACCCAAGUGUUGCCAAGUUCGUCAGUACCAUAUCAAGCCUCUCUCUCUCCACUCACGAAUUCACAGUUUUGACCCAAAUCGUCCAAACAACACCUUGACACUGAAAGGCCAGUUUACUCUGCCAGAAAUCCAUGCAUGGGUGGUGUUCUGUUUACCCGAGUUGCCAGACCGGACCCCUGCUGGUGAACAGGCAGAAUUCACUUUUGUUUCAACAUUUCUUGAUACUCAGCUACAGUGUGUAUAUGAAGCUGGUGAAGCAACAUUUAAAUCAGACAACAUCUCCACAAUCUCCAUUCUUAAGGAUGUUCUCACGAAAGAAGCUACACGAAAAAAGGUCACAUCAGCCAUGGAGUUCUUUAAGCCUACUGAGGACCAGCCCCAGAACCUGGCCUCCUCACAGUGGCACAGGGAGCAGUGACAUUUUGCCACCUCACUGGGAAAGGCAACCAGAAAGCUAGUGAGUCAAAACAAACUACUGCUGGGUUCAAGAGAGACUAAAGCCUCAAAACCUGCAUAACCAACUCCCCCAACUAUGUAAGCAAACAAUCAAAUUCUCUCAAAAUGAGCUCUUUCACCCCACCUCCCCCAUUUGUUUCGGGGAAGGGGAAAGAAGUGGCUCACUGCCUGCCGGGGUCUGAGCGCCUCUCAAUGACUGCCUGUUUAUUCUUGCUCUUUCUCGGGACAUGGAUCUCUUGCAGCUACAUGCCCAGUUGCCUUUGUUGUCAAUGAUGCUCGUAGCAGUCGACUCUCAUACCUGUUUGAAUUUGGCUCCACGUGCAGUUUCUUGGUCUCCUUGAGCCUCAUAUGGACUGGGUCUGGGAGGAUGUAGAGGCACUUGGCAGAGUACAUAGUGCAGGGGCUUUGGCCUAUGCUGUAGCUGUGUCAGUUUCACUUCCCAAGCUGUAUGUUUGGGUGUUGGCCACACAAGCGGGAGGUGGUGGCCACAUUCUUCACUGCCCAACUCACGUGUUGCUGCGUAGCCCUUGGAAUCAACGUGGGCCCUGGUUUUCUUGCCCGCCUCCCCUUUUCUCUUUUCGUCUUUCCUGUGGAUGUGGUUUCGCAGUUUCUAUCUUCAAUGACUGCUGCUUGUUGUCAUAUUUUGGACUGCCUUUGCUCCCUGGGGGUCUUGUUCUCAUGCUUGGAGGCUGUCUGGUAGAGCUGGGGCAUUGUCUGGUGUGGAUAGGCCUUCAGGGAGCCAGAUUCCAGAUUACAAGAACUUUCCUUAGCCAGUCCUCUAUCUGAUUGGCACCAUGCUUGCUCUUCAUUGAAGGCAUCAGUUUCUCAUAGUUUGCAUCAGCCCUUUCACAGUUCACCCCUUUGAUGGGGUGGUGGGGGUACUCGCCCAGUUUCCCGGACCCGGAUAUAUGAAACAGUUACGCAAGCACUUACGAACCUGUACAUAUUUUCUCAAUCUUUGGCGGCUUUGUUUACAAUUAUUAAACUGUUAAUGAGCUCUGAGGCACCAGGAGGCUGUUUAUAACAAUAA